AAGCCCUCCCGAGAAUCACAAGCUGUGAGGGCCACCAAAUAGAAGAGUGUGGCCUGAGCCCAGUUCUGAGGACUCCACAGCCUCUCCCUGCCAUCUGGCCACUUACUUCUGAGACUGUCCCACCAUUCUCUGGAAGAAUGAAUGCCCUGGAUGGUGUCCCCUUCAAGGUGCCCAAGGGCUUUGUGAUGGACACAGAGCCCCACCCCGUGCCUGAGCUCAGUGUCCGGGAUUGUAGAGAGCUCCUCCUGGGCACAAUGUAUGACUUCAGCCUGGAAAAGAAGGCUCUCUUUUGGGUGGAAGCAGCCAUCCGAGGAUCUUGCUCCCAUCAAUGCAAUGACCUGGGGAUUGCAUCAGCCCCUCCAGCCUGGUUCUUACUGGUCAGUCAGGUGCCUGCACCUGCUCAAAUCAGAGACCCAGAGGCUGGACUGCAAGAACCUCCUGAAGAGGAGGAGGAAGAGGAGGAGGAGGAAGAAGAAACAGAAGAAAAGGGGGACGAGGAAGACGCCUCUUCUGCCUGUGAGGAGGGCAUGGACUCCAGCAGCCCUCAGCCUGGCUCCCCUGCAGGCCAUCGUCGCUGCUCCCUGGAUGUGUUGCGAAACAUGAGGUCUGAGCUGACAGACGCCAGGCGACGCCUCUCGGAGAGUAGACUAGCCGCGUGUCCUCGAGCCCUCCUGCACCGCUUCCGCGGCCACCGCACGCUGAGCCUGUGCGCCAGCCCGGCUCCAGUCCCAGGCCCAGCACCGCAGCUCCCAAAUGUCUCAGAGCUGCCUCCACGGCCCUCCACCGCCGGCGCCAUGCCUCCAUUGCGGAACCACAAGCCCACAGUUGCUUCCCUCAGCCCAUACACCUGCUUGCCACCUCUUAGGGAGACACCCCAGCACCUCAUCUCCUGUAGACUGCUUCCUGAUUCAACACCCGACCUGCUGUCUGCCCUGACCAAAGAGGAGCAAGACCUCAUCGGGCCGGUGGUCGCCUUGGGCUAUCCCCUGGGAAGAGCCAUCGUGGCACUGCAGAAGACAGGGAAACAGAGCCUGAGCCAGUUUCUCGGCUACCUCAGUGCCUGCGAGAGACUGCUGCAGCAGGGCUACGACGAAGCGCUGGUGGACGAGGCCAUGGAGAUGUUCCAGUUCUCCGAGCAUCAGGCAGGGGAGUUCCUGCGGCUCUGGAAGCAGUUCAGUGACAUGGGUUUCCAGCAAGACCGGAUCAAGGAGGUGCUGUUGGUCCACGCUUCAGAAGGGAACACAGCAGCAUUCUGUACCCAACCUCAGAACCCCUGAGCAAGCCUGUCCUCCAGGGACCACGCCUUUCUGAUCAGCAAAGUUGAAGAAAACAUCCAAAAUAAAGGACUAUGGAAGGA